CAUAUGUUUUGUGAACUUUAAAUCAAAUUUAAACUAAUUUUUCAACUCUUUGUGAAUGCAUUUGAAACACGUGUUUGUGGUUAACAUGCAAUGGAUUAGACAUCUGAAGAGAUAAUCACAUCAACACAUCCGCCACACAAUGUCUUCAAUGGAUGACAGGAAUGGCAAACAUAGAGACAAUCGCUUAAGACGUGAGCCACUCAUACGGAACAGUAGUUUGUGGGUAAACGCCGGCGAAACGGAUCCGAUGGGCAGCCGAUUCAAGAUCGCGGACACAGACUUCUUGGACGACAUCACCGAACGGACCAAUUGUCCCAAAUGUCACAAAUCGCGUAAAUAUUACUGCUAUUCGUGUUAUGAACUGAUGGACGACAUCCGCGAUCGGGUGCCACGAGUGACACUUCCCGUCAAAGUGGAUGUCAUUAAACACGUGCAGGAAGUGGACGGCAAGUCUACCAGUCCUCACGUCAGGCUCAUCGCACCACAAGACACCACUGUCCACACGUUCCCCGACAUUCCCGACUAUAGGCACCAAAGGGUAGUACUGGUGUUCCCGGCGCCCAAUGCCCGCACCCUUAAGCAGGUGUUUGCUGAUGGAGUUACCGAUGAGGAGAUACCGGUGACCAUAGAGACAAAGGUCUUGGAGCUGAGCGGUGAGAAUAUGUUGUCUGAGCGCUGGAAUGUAGGCGCUAAUGGAAAAGAGUGGAACGACUCCCGAAGGGUGUGGACUGUGGACAGCCUACAUGAUUGCACACCACAUCUGCCGCCACACUCUGACAAAGAGUCGACACUAUCGACAACAGGAAUGCCUUUCGAUAGAGUGGUGUUCAUCGACAGCACGUGGCGUCAGACCCGUCAGAUUCUGAAGGACCCCCGGAUCAGCCCAUUACUGACCACAUCGACUGUGAUAUUAUCAGAACACGAGUCCCUGUUCUGGAGACACCAACGAGACUCUCCCCGAACCUAUUUGUCCACAAUUGAAGCCAUCUAUUACUUCUUCGUCGACUUGCAGGUGAUAUUAGAUGAAAGAGACGGCAAUUGCGGUGAUUAUGACCACAGAUAUGAUAAUUUGCUCUUCUUUUUCAAACACACGUAUAAUAAGUUAAGACUUAAGUAUAAUGUUUAGGAUAAUAUUGUAUUUCUUAAAUCUUUACCAUUGGUUUGAUAUAAAAAUGUGUUUUAAUUAAUGACUGU